ACCUGAUCCUCCAGAGAUUAAAUCGAAUGUUUCAUCAGUCUCGGACAGAAAUGUAACUGUAACUUGGAGACGCCCUAAACAUUACAAUUGCAAUAUUACUAUGUACUCCAUUCGCUUCAGAGUAAUAGAACCACUUAUGGAAAGCCGGAGUGAAAUAAACAUCUCGGGAGUUACAAGUUAUCAACUGCAGCUUCAAUACAGCAAACGGUACGAAUUCACUAUUGCCGCUUGGAACAAACUGGGACGAAGUGAAAACAGCACAGCCUGGAAAGUGAGAACAGCUCAAGAUGUUCCAUACAAACCGACCUUACAUCCUCCAAUUUCGGGACAGUGUAACUCCAUCAACGUAACGUGGAGUCCACCAAUACCUGGGGCAUUAGGAGACCCUGUGAUCGGCUACGUUGCACAAAUAGCAGGGGCUGAUCCCAAAGAAGAAUGGAUUAACUGCAGUUUACGUGGAACAUUGAGAUCAAGAACAUGUCUAUUUACACAUUUGGAGAAAGAUACCACGUAUCGUGUCAGAGUGUUUGCAAAAAAUAAACUUGGAUACAGUUUGCCAUCCAUCGCCAAGGAAAUAUCCACUAAACAAGCAGACCGUCCUGGUUCACCUGAAAUAGUCGAACGGAAAGUUUCAGGAUGUAAUGUUACACUAGAGUGGAUCUCACCAAAAUCCACUGGCUGCCCGAUACUCUUUUACACAAUCAGCUACAGGAAAAAAGGACUUGAUGAUGACAACACUUGGACAUAUGUCAAUGUAACAGAUGAGGGAAUCAAGCAAACGGAACUUAUACUGAAUUGCUCCACGACGUAUGAAUUUCAGGCUAGGGCCUGGAAUGGGCUAGGAGGAGGAAACCUGUCUUCUUUGCGGUCGGCAACAACAAACGACUUAACCUUUCAGCAGGAAGUUAGAGAAUCCCAUUUAACAGAUUCUCCGCCGUUAGAACUGGUUAACCUAAUCGCACUGAUCGUUGCCGGCGUUGUUGUUUUGGUCGCCCUUCUUCUGAUCAUAAGAGUGUGGUACUACUACAAAAAGCGCGCAUCAAAACAGGUCAAAAGGACGGUCGACGAUAUUCAUGUCUUAGAGCAGUGCGAAGUCCAUCCAUUAAGAACAGAAUUUAUCGAAGCCCUAGGCGAGGGAGCAUUUGGGAAGGUUCAUAAGGCAACACUCAAGGAUGGAUUGGAUUACUUAAAAAACGGUGAUGAUUUAAUUGGUAAGGCCAAGCGAAAAAAGAUUGUGGCAAUAAAGGAACUGCAUGAAAAUGCCGGUGAAGAGCAGAGAAGACAAUUUCUGGAUGAAAUAGACCUGAUGAGGCAAGUCGGUCAACAUCGGAAUAUUUUGAGUUUCCUCGGGUGUUGGACCACGACCGAACCUUUUCUCCUGGUCAUUGAGUAUGUAGCUCAUGGAGACUUGCUUCAGUGGCUUAGAAGCAAGCGAACUCAGAUGAACAGCUCGGCUGACAGCAAACCAAAGGAGAACGAUCUGUACGCAGGAUCUAGGACUGCUCUCUUUGGACCAACCGUUGAUCAGACUAACGAAGAGUGUGAUGGGAGGGGAGAAAUACCAGAGGACGUACCUGGUCUUGGUGAUGUCUCAGGCCAACCUGGCAUAGAUGAAUGCAAAAUACCAUUGGCUGUUUUCUCAAGUUCAGAAGAGGGAACCGAUGGAACUUCAGGGAAGACAAAUGACGAGUGCAGUGUUGAUUGCGAGUCGUUCAUUCCAGCCGAUCUUUUGUCAUUUGCUUGGCAGAUAGCCGGAGGCAUGAGUUACCUCUCUGGGAAAGGCCUCGUUCAUAGAGAUCUUGCGGCACGAAAUGUUCUUGUCGGGCACGGUAAAAGGCUUAAGAUUGCAGACUUCGGUUUGAUGCGAGAAGUGUAUCAUGAGGUGUAUGAGGUGCAGAAGCAGAAGAAACUGCCAGUGAAAUGGAUGGCACCUGAGUCACUUUACGAACAGAUAUUUACUACAAAAAGCGAUGUGUGGUCGUAUGGAGUGGUUUUGUGGGAAAUUGCAACUGUUGGGGGCUCACCUUAUCCACUCCUGACUAAUGCAGAGCUCAUGAGAUUAUUAAAGACUGGCCACCGGAUGGAGAAACCUGAAUUGUGUUCAGAUCAUGUUUAUUCUUUGAUGCUGGACUGUUGGAAAGAAGAUCUAAAUGAACGGCCAAGUUUCCAGGAGCUGGUUGGAAGAUUGGAAGAGCUGAUGCAUCAGGAAGUUGAAUACUUUGACUUUGACAAAGUUGACGAGUCGAAGGACUAUUAUCUGGUGCAAGAGGUCAAGACAAAUGAGGAUGACCUGGAUGGGGUUGACGUGUUAUAAAAUUAUCAAUGACGACAUAACAACAGCAGAAGAAGUACCUUAAAAAUUAUUAAAAAAUCUAGCUCAAUGAAUUAAUAUUUUAAGCUUCAAGUAAUCUUAAGCGCUCUCCCCCAUUGAACGAUUUAAAAGACAAGAAUGACAAUGAACUUUUUCUCUCAGUCUGAAAAUGCAAGCUAUUAAUGUUAAAAAAGACAGAGAUUAUAUGCUAAAUUGUCAGAGUUAUUAUAAGUACUUGAUUCCUUGGUUGACUUGAUAUGGCCUUCCUAAUGAGGACACUAUACUGAAAUUUAAAUCUAUCAAUUAAAAAGUAAACAAAAUGUACCACAAAUUGAUGAACAAAAAAGUACCGACGUAUGCAGCAGCGGUACAUCCAGCCAUCAGAGCGUAUAUUUUGCUUUGAUUAUAAAGCUUCAACCUUUUUCAACACAACUGAUCGCAAGAGAGCCAAUUGAACACACCUUACCUAAAAAGUUUCAUUUGCUUUAAUGGUUUCGCGUUAAACGAAAGCCUGUAAGGAAAUUCAGCCUGCUUUGCUUUCGAAUUCAGGGUCCUUUUUGCUUGAAGGCCCAUAAUGACCAUUCCAGGAGACAGUCAACAGACAGUUGACAAGGCAGAGUUGCUUGUUAACACUUACCGGUCUAUCGACAUUUCUCCUCUUUCAACACACUUUGCCUGCGUGGAUAAUUCGCAGACACUGGAUACUUAAUCACGUUUAGGAGUAAGAAGGCUCUCCCAAAGCACAUUGAGAUAUUUGAAGAAAACGAUCCAGUCUUUGAAGACAUACCAAUCGGUAAAGGCUCUGUUAAACUGCUUCUUUAAUCAAAGUUAGCCCUGAGGUGAAGAGCUAGCGCCUUAACUGCUUAAUUAAGAUAUAUUUUGUCCUCUAAAAAAUUCGGUUAUGACUGUA